AUGACCACUCUCUGUGUAGCUCUGCACGUCAUUCCAGCCACAUCUCUUCUCUGCAUCCUCUCUCUUCCUCUCUGUUGGCGAGGAUGCGUCCCGUCAGACUUGCCGCAGACUGGCAGAGUGUUGAUGGGGAUGUCACUGGGACUACAGCGCCUUCCUUCCCCUCGCUCUUGUCCUCCUCUGGCUGACAGACAAGCAGUGGCCCCGUGUGACCUCCUGUACGGGACACAGGUGCUGCUGCAGUGUCACCUGGCCUCAGCUUAA